UCUCUUAUUCCCCAAAACACUAAUCUAACUGCCAAAAAUAUCAUGUGCGAGAGCCUCAAACAACACUACCAACUCUGCGAAGAGCUCGGCCGCGGCCGAUUCGGCGUCGUUUACCGCUGUUUCUCCACCGCCUCCUCCGAUUCCUUCGCCUGCAAGUCGAUCUACAAGCACUCACUCACCGACGACGCUGACCGCCGCUGCCUCGACGCGGAGCCGAAGAUUCUCCACCUCCUCUCCGCGUGCCCUAGCAUCCUCCGCCUCCACGACGUCUACGAGGACGACGACCACAUCCACCUAGUCACCGAUCUCUGCGACGGCGGCGAUCUAUUCGACCGCAUCUCGUCCGGCGAUCGCCUCUCCGAGGCCGACGCCGCCGCGAUUCUGCUUCAAUUGAUGGCGGCGAUCGCGUUCUGCCACCGGAUGGGGGUCGCGCACAGGGAUAUCAAGCCGGACAACAUCCUGUUCGAUUCUAGAGGCCGGCUGAAACUCGCCGAUUUCGGAUCGGCGGAGCUGUUCGACGUCUCCGAGAUGAGCGGCGUGGUUGGAACGCCGUAUUACGUCGCGCCGGAGGUGCUGAUGGGGAGGGAUUACGAUGAGAAGGUGGAUGUGUGGAGCGCCGGCGUGAUUUUGUACAUAAUGUUGGCCGGCGUGCCGCCGUUUUACGGCGAUGGCGCGGCGGAGACGUUUGAAGCGGUGCUUAGGGGGAAUUUAAGGUUUCCGUCGAAGAUUUUCCGUUCCGUGUCGCCGGAGGCCAAGGAUCUGUUGAGGAAGAUGAUCUGUCGAGAUCCUUCUAGAAGGCUCUCCGCUGAGCAAGUCCUCAGGCAUCCGUGGAUCAUAAACGGAGGAGAGAUGUCAUCUAUGGCGGAAUUGACCUAAUUCACUUCAGCUGCUGCUGCACCCAAUGGAUAAACGCGAUCACCGGAGCUGUACAUAGAGGCGGCGGAAGCCUGCCCGGCGGCGGUGGUCGGAAAGUUCACUGAGAGGCAGAGGAAUGAUAAAAUCUAAGUUCUACGGUAUGUUAUGCGGCGUAGAAGAUGAAUCUCUCACCCUUUUUCAUCAGAGGCAAAUAAAUGGCAGCUCAUCUCUUUGUUUUGGAUGAGUGGUGGUUUUGGAUCAUAUUAUUUCCUCUAGUGGUGAGAUAUUUGAGAAUGGUUAUGGCAAAUAAUGAAUAAUGUAUGCAUCUGAUCUGAUUUAGGUGUUGAGUGUCUUCUAUUUUCCAUGCCUUUGUAUUGUUUUUUUUUGUAAUCUGAGGUUUGAUGGAAUAAAGGAGAAACUUUGUUCGAUA